CACAGCUACAAAACACUUCUGUUCUCUGCUUAGUCUCAAAUAAUUAAGCUCCAAUAACCACCACAAGAAUAUGGGAAGCAACCAGUUCACUAUUGUCAUCUGCUCUCUCUUGCUUCUUCCAUUAGUCUUCCGUUCAACAGCUGCGUAUAAUGAAACUGCUCCAACCAAGCCGAUAGAGAAGAAGGUCGAUGUGGUGGUUGAAGGCAUGGUCUAUUGCCAAAGUUGUAAGUAUUCUGGAUCAUGGUCCUUGACAGGGGCUAAGCCAAUCCCUUCAGCUAAAGUCAGUGUCAUUUGCAAAAACUCCAAUAAACAAGUCACUUUCUACAAGGCAUUUGAAACUGAUGCGUAUGGUUACUUCUAUGCACAUCUUGAUGGCUUCAAGAUGAGCAAUAAUGUUUUGGACCAUCCCCUCCAUGGUUGCCAUGCGAAGCUUGUUUCAUCUCCUCUUGCAAACUGUAGCCUCCUCUCCAAUAUUAACAAUGGACUUUAUGGCGCUCCACUUCGAUUCAAGAACAAGGUGCUGCGAGGAACUCACUAUGAAGCUGUGAUCUAUGCUGCAGGCCCCUUGGCUUUCCGUCCAGCUCAGUGCACUCCAGAAGCUCAUGUCUGAUAUAACUGUCCUGACACUUUUCUUUUAGUUCGUGAUCAAUCUUCGUUUUGGUUUUGAUUCUGUUUCGUUCCCUCUUAUAUUGGUUUUGGCUGCCAUCCAGGAAUGGUGGCAACUUGUUCUAUUUCUUCAACGAAUUGAAUUUCCUCUGCAUGAAGUGUUACAUGUUAGCUAUUACAUUGUUGUUUAGUUAUUUCUUUCUCUAGGCUGCAUUUGCAAACAUUUCAAGGACACAGAUCACUGCACGAUGCUGAUGAAUACGAUCAAUCUUCAUAUUAGUUUUUAUGCUUGCUUUGUUCCCUCUUC